AUGCCUGCGCCGACUUAUAUCAUUUCUCGGGUCGCCGACCCUAUCUUUGCUGUCGUGAUUGGAUUAUCGGCGGCGGCAACCAGGAUCAACCGUGAAGAGAAGGCCAAGGGAAAGACGACCAAUGAGACAAUAGAAACUGGUCUACGACGCGUUGGACUCUCAAAGAAAUAG